AGCUGUACCUCCUUCCUCGGCAAGUACAACUCAUUCAUAAUUCUCCUCCCUUUAUUUAUCAACUACAAAGCCAGCCACCGCCACCGGUCCCAACCCAAACUACCAUUACUACUCCCUCUCCCUCAAACCACACAAACAUGAACACCUUUCAAUCUCAAACACAAGACGCCUCCACAUUCGUCUCUUCUUCUUCUUCACCCUUAAUCUUGUCGUCGAACCCUAGGCGUUUCCCUUGCCUCGAUGACGACGAUAUUGUUUCCACGGUCAUCCCUCUCGUAACCGUGGUGCUGGAAGGCCGCUCAAUCUGUCAGCGCAUCAGCCUCCAUAGCCAUGCAAGCUACCAGAGUCUCGCAAAGGCUCUCAGGCAGAUGUUUGUGGUGGACGAGAACGUCGACGGUGGGAUCGUCACCUCCGAGAAUGAUCUUGAUCUUUCUAAUGCAGUUCCCGGUCACCUCAUUGCCUAUGAAGACAUGGAAAACGAUCUUCUUCUUGCUGGAGACCUUAAUUGGAAGGAUUUUGUACGUGUGGCUAGGAGAAUUCGGAUACUGCCGGCCAAAGGGAAAACAAGGAAAGGAAGAGGAGGGACAUAGUUGGGAUUUAGCAUCUCUACAUUUAGGACGGUCACCAAAUUAUUCUCACGGUUUUAUUUUCGUCGUCUAAUUAUCUUUUUUAUAAUAUAUUUAACGUUAUAUUUUAGUUUUAUUUAAU